AUGAGUCAGGUUAAGAACCUCCGCGCCAUGUUUGAGAACAAAGGCGACACGAGCCCUCCCGACAGAGGCCGAUCGUCAGGCGCCUCUACUCCCGUCCAAGCUCCCAGCGUCAUUCUUACCUACCGUGUCCUUCAUUCUUUCCUUUUCUCCCUUCAACCCCUUGCUAACCAAAACUUGUCUUCUCUCUCCACAGGCACCAGUGUCGUUUCUGAAUCGCCUCGACCACUCUCCAAAGUGAGAACCAACUUUGUCGCCAUUGAGAAAGACGGAAGGAUAGGCCUCCGAAGAGAUCCCAGUCACGAAUCCAGUGUUUCCCGCCGUCGAUUAAGCAUGGGCUCCGACGCAGAAUCCGUCUCGACCGUUCCCGACAGACCCUCUGCAUCUCUGGAAGAUGCACCAAGAGGGAACAAGCCUUUCUUCCAGGAAGAUAUUCCCGAAUCGCCUCGUCACCCAAUUGACCCCCCAAAGACACCCACGGAGCAAAUUGGAGCUGUUACCGAUGAGCCUAGUGUCAACCCAGAUAAGCAAAUUGAUAAGGAAGAACCGUCGCCUUCAUUGCUGCCAGCAGAACCUGCUGUAGAAGAACCCGCAAUGGCAGAGCCAGUUGCAGAGCCAAUUGAGGAACCAGCUGCAGAACCAGCUGUAGUGGAACCAGCUUCCGCGUCGCCAAAGAAGGAGAAGAAGGAAAAGACGCCCGAAGCAGUUUCUACAGUUGCCAAUGGCAAGCCCAAGACCAGCGCUGCUAAGGAACUAGCUCCUGCAGCUACUAUAAAGGCUGCAACUCCGAAGAAGACCACCACGACUCGACCCAGUGCUGUCUCGACCAAGGUUUCCAAUACCAAGCCUCCAGCGAAAUCUCCAUCUACUACAAAGCCUCCUACCAGCACCACUCAUAAGUCAGAGCCCAAGCCAACGGCGAAGACUGCACCUGCAGCGAAGAAGGAACCCAGGCAAGCUCCAACAGCCGCCUCCGCAGCGACUCGGCCUACCGCAACCACGGCAGCCAAGAAGCCCCAGCCGUUGAAGCCCACUACCAGCGAUACCGGCUUCGUGAAGCCUAAGCCAAAAUCCCCCACGAAGCCUGUGCAUCUCCCUGCGUCUCUAACGGCACCAACAGCAGCAUCUGGAGCCAAGACCGGUCGUCAGGCUCGACCUUCAGCAAGCUCACAGAAUCUUAGUGUUCCUGCCCGUCCCGCUAGCCGGGCCAGCGCGACAGGAGCCAGCAACAGCACGGGCAAGACUGUCAAGCGUCAGCCCUCAAACGUUGGUCGCCCGCGACCAAGCCUGGGCCCUCCUCCUAAGAAGCCUUCGGAUCCAGCUCAAGUCAAGAAGGAAGCCCCCGUUGACGAGAGCUUUCUGGCUCGUAUGAUGCGACCGACACAGGCUUCCUCGUCAAAAACCGCUGAGAAGGUGCCCACCACACCACCAAAGAAGACUGCGAAACGACCUUCAUCCUCAGGAACCGACCCCACGCGUCGUGAACACAGCGUUAAGACCCCAGGAAGUGCCAGGAAACAAGUCAGAAAGGCGGCUGAACCGAAGCGCUCCGCUGGCUCAGUAACUUCAGAUACCCCAUCAAUCGAGAUCGCCUCGGUAGAGCAGACAUCUGAGCCUACCAAGACAGAGAACACCGAGGCGACUUCCAGCAUCCAGGAGACCAAGGCAAAAGACGCACCUCAGGACUCGAACAAGUCCGAACCAGAGCCUACCGCUGUCGAGGACGCUUCUAAGAAAGCCGUGGAGCCCGCGCAGCAAGAAAACCAAGACCAAGAUAUCUCAGAGAAAUCAACCGAGGAUGAAGAGAAGAAAGCGAUCCAGCCUGCCACCCCAGAGCCUGCCAACGAGCAGAAGCCUCUCGAAGUUCGUGAGACUUUUGCGUCGGAACAUAAGGAUACUUCGCACCAGGAGUCUCCCCUCGAUGAGCCCGAAGCUUCUGAUGUCAACUCCGAGAAUCCUACCGAGAACGCUGAUAUUGUUCCCCUGGUAGAGGAGAACUCUUCCCAACCCCCCGUUGUCGUAGAGCAGACGAAUGAGACUUCAGACAACAAGUCAGAGCCAGAGAUCGACCAAGAGGUGGUACCUCUAAUGGAGAAGGACCCUGAGCCUGCCCCUGAGUCAGAGACUAUCAAGAAGCAAGAUGCUGAGACCGAGGUCAUCACCCAGAGUGAUGCAAAGAUCGACGUCAACGCCACUACUGCCGCCGAAGAGAAGGAUACCACUGGAGAGCAGACCGAGGAAGAGAAGAAAUAA